CGAUUCGUGCCCAGCGCAUAAGGCUUCGUUGUCCACGGACCUUCGCAUGCAUUGCAUUGUGUAAUGGUAGAAGAGAGAUACAGAAGUCAAUCGAUAUUCGUAUGUUUUCUGUUCGCAUGCGGUUUCAGAAGUGCCGUGAAAGCAGGGGGAGAGAACGCGGUUUUGGUAAGCUUUCCUUUGCUGGUUCUCACACAUCGUUCCUUCACUGUCGAAGGCGACCUCGCCUCUCAGUCUCUUCCGCUGCGUGCUUCUCCCCUCGUUUUUCCCCGGUCAAGUCGGUCGCUCGAGCUCCACCGGGGCGGUGAAGGUCACCGGCCGACUCGCGUGGGGUGCUCCUUUUCCGGUUGUCCUGACUUCUCGGUCUCCUUCCGCGAACGCUUUCCCGUUUCUUUCUCAGCUGUCUGUUUCGAGUUUCUCCUCUCCAAGGGAACCUCGCGUCUCGGGGGCCGCCCCUAGCGCGCAGAACGUGUCUCCGUCUCCGUCUCCCUCUCGUCUUUUCUCUUCUCUCUCACAAGAUGGCGCAUCCCGCCCGUCUUCACAAAGCCCCUGGGGUCGCCUCUUCGUGUUCUUCCAGUGCUUCUCGUACCUGUAUUUCUCUCACUUCUCGUCGUCCACCCUUUGCCCGGUGUUUCUAUCCCUCACUUGGUGCAGCUUUCUCGCUGCUUCCGAAUCGAAGUCGCCAGGACACUGUGGCUUUCCUGCAAGAAAAAGGGAAAAAUUGGCGUCCACAAGCCUUCUCACCUGCCUCCGUACGCUCCUUCGUUUCUCUUUCCCGCACUGGAACUGCCUUAGCGCAGCAGCCGCGCUUCUUCGUCUCUCGUCGCUUACCUCCUUCUCCCGGUUUCAGUGGCCGUUCGCUGAGAAAGCAGCCGACGCAUCCUUCCGGUGGAGGAAAUGUGCAGACUGACUUCCUUUUCUCUCGCUUCCCUGUCUCUCCUUUUUCUGUCCUUUCUUCCUCUCUCUCUCUUUCCUCUCUCUCUCUUUCCUCUCUCUCUCCUUCCUCUCUCUCUCCUUCCUCUCUCUCUCCUUCCUCUCUCUCUCCUUCCUCUCUCUCUCCUUCCUCUCUCUCUCCUUCCUCUCUCUCUCCUUCCUCUCUCUCUCCUUCCUCUCUCUCUCCUCCCUCCCUCUCUCCUUCCUCUCUCUCCCAUUUCUCUGUCUCGCCUUCUCGCUCUGUUUGCCCCCGUUUUCAGCCGUUUUCGCGUCUAGCACAUGAUGCAUAUGUCGCUCGUGAGUGUUUGCCUCCGACUCGUCGUACGUCGGCGCGUCAUUCCUUCUCCCACUCUCCUUCGUCCUUUGUCUCUGUCUCUUCUCUCUCUGGUGCGUCGGUGGUCUUCGCGGAGGCACCUUUGUCUCCUCUCGCGUUCUCCCCGCGCUCUUGGGAGAUCUUUUCUGUUCCUUCUGCUCGUCGAGAGUCUCGGUCUCUCUCCUCAGGCGCUCACGGCCCUCGCAGGCGAGAAGAAGACUGGAGAGAAGAGAAGGCCGAACCUGCGACUGAAGCGAGAGACAGCGACAACCUCUCAGGAGAAGCAGAGCGGCCCGGACACAGGGACAGUCCACAGAGACAGAUCGAAAAGACAGAGGCUCCCGAGCCAGUCCCUGUAGUUGCGGAGAAGAGAGGGAAGGCGCUCCAGGACUUUUUAGGUCCAUCGGGAGGAACCCAGGGAGAGGUCGAGCAACAAAGGCAUUCUUCUGCCGCGUCUGCACACAGUUCCGAGGAGACUUUGCAUCCGACAGGUGAAGUGACGCAGAUUGACGUUCGAGACUUGCCUUCUUCUGGGCAAGGACUCCUGAAGCAGAUGGAAGACAACCCAGCCUCUCCUGUGCGUGUUGGCCGUCGUCGCCGAGGUGCGACCAUUUCAGAGAGAGGCUACAAGGCGCAAAAGCUGCAGAGACCGGAAACAGCGGAAGGCCAGACGGAAGAGACAACUUUCAGAAGAUCAGAGAAGCGGGCAACUGACGAGGCGGAAGAGGCUCAGGCGGUUCUUCUUCGCGGGGACUCUGCUCCGGCCUCUUUGUCCAGCCACAAUAUCUCGUCUGCUCUCUCGGCCUUGCCUCCCAGAUUCUCGGUCCUUACUGCUCUUCCUCUUUUUCGACGACCUGCGUUCCCCGGAUUCUUUCAGCUUCUCCACAUCCCCGACAAUGACGUGUUUGAGGCCCUGGUGAGGCAGAAGAAGAGCGGCAUGCCGGGUGGAGACUACGUCGCAGGGUUUUUGACGAUUGAGGAGAAGGAGAAGGAACACGAAGAAGACGAAGAGGGACCUGGGGCGAAGCUACGCAAAGACGCCGGACGCGUGGUCGACAUUUCCGAGCUCCACACCACCGGCAGUCUUCUGCAUCUCCUCAACUUUGCUCCACACAGCAACGUGAGGGGCGGCCAAGUCGUCGUCAUGCCUUACCGACGCAUUCGUUUGUUGGGCGCUGCGGACUCUCCUGCAUCGUCGUCCCCGCCUACAGACACGUCGCCGUCGCUGCCUCAUGCCUCUACACACAGCGGAGGUGCAGCAGCUUCUUCCACCUCUUCGGCUUCAGCAGAGGUUCUCAAUACACCGGCUGAAAGUCUUCAGCGCGAGAUGGAGAAGGACGAGGAAGUCUCUCUCACCUCCAAAGCAGAGGAAGAGGACCAGGUUCUGAGGGAGGGCGCUGGUACUUCCCGCCCGGCAGUGGGCGACCAGGGCGCAGCUGCCUCCGGUGUCUCUCCAGAUAAGGAAGCGGAAGAACCGCCUUUUUCUUCUCCGAAUUCAGACGCCGAGCAAAUGCAAGGCACGCAGAACAAGGGCAAAACUGGCGAGCCGUCGCCUUCGUCGAGCUCUUCUUCCUCGCUGUCUCCGGUGAAGACGGCUACGUUUUCUCUGCUUCGCGUACGCAUCGCGUAUCUCCCAGAUGAGUCGGGCAGGUUCGACGUGAACGACACACAAAAGGCUCUGCAUUUGGAGAUCAUCGCGACAAUGAAGGAACUGCUGAAGCAGAGCUACUUCUACAAGGAACACUUUGACCAAGUUGUUAGGUUUUACAACCUCGACUCGCCCCACAAGCUCGCUGACUUGGUCGCGGGAAUGUCAUUUGGGAAGCGCCAGGAACUUCAAGCGGUCUUGGCGGAAGAAGACAUUGAAAAACGUCUGAGACUGGUACUGGAAAUAGCGAAGAAGGACCUCGAGUUCUCCAAGUUGCAGGCGCAAGUCAAGGCGCAAGUGGAGGAGAAGAUGAACAAGAUGCAGAGAAAGUUCCUCCUGUCCGAGCAGCUGAAGUUCCUCAAGCGGGAACUGGGAGAAGUGAAGGACGACAAAGAGUCCAUCCUCGACAGUUUCGCCGAACGUUUAGAGAAGAAGAAACAUGCGUUGCCGGAAGAAGUGCAGAAAGCAGUCGCAUAUGAGCUCAGCAAGUUGCACAGCCUCGAGCAGUCCUCUUCGGAGUUCAACAUAACACGAACUUACACAGACUGUCUCCUCAGUCUGCCCUGGGGCGAAUACACGGAAGACUGUAGCGACAUCUUCGUCGCAGAACAAAUUCUCAACGAAGACCACUAUGGCCUAGCUGACGUCAAGGACCGCAUCCUCGAGUUCAUCGCCGUUACCAUCCUCAGAAAAGAUGUCCAGGGGAAAAUAAUUUGUCUGGUGGGUCCGCCAGGUGUGGGGAAGACUUCGGUGGGGCAGAGCAUCGCGCGUGCUCUCCAUCGCAAGUUCUACCGCAUCAGUCUUGGCGGCAUGUGCGACGUGGCAGAACUUCGCGGCCACCGCCGGACGUACAUCAGCGCGUUGCCUGGGAAGGUCAUCCAGGCCCUGAAGGAGUGUCAGACGAUGAAUCCUGUGAUUCUUCUCGAUGAGAUCGACAAACUGGGUCGUGACUUCCGAGGUGAUCCAUCGUCUGCGCUUCUUGAGAUCCUUGAUCCUAGUCAAAACAAAUCUUUCCGCGACUACUACCUCGACGUUUCUGUCGACCUUUCCAAGGUUCUCUUCGUCUGCACAGCCAACACUCCGGACGUCAUUCCAGGGCCACUCUUGGACCGCAUGGAAGUCAUUCGGAUCGCGGGGUACAUCUUUCAAGAGAAACUAUGCAUAGCUCGCAACUAUCUGCUCCCGCAAACUAGCCAGUCUGCAGGAUUGACAGAUGACCAGAUCAGCAUCUCCUCAGAGGUGCUGGAGAAGCUUGUGCGGGACUACGCGCGCGAGGCGGGAGUUCGGAGCUUGCUCAAACUCAUCGAAAGAAUUUACCGAAAAGCGGCGCUCUCUCUCGUCAGAAAGGAGCAAGAGAAAGUCGAAGUGCACAUGGACAACCUAAGCAAGUUCGUUGGGCAGCCGACGUUCCAGUCCGACCGCCUCUACGGCGAGACGCCUCCAGGCGUCGUCAUGGGGCUCGCGUGGACGCAGAUGGGAGGCGCCACGCUGUACGUGGAAGCCAUUGGCAGGCGACCCCGAGAUACUUCGAAGCGAGUGGAGAUGGAGAGAAAGAACUGGCGACUAGCAGACGACGACGAGGCGUGUAGACGCGAGAAAAGAGGGAGAACAGAGCAAAGGUCCCGCAGCCCUGCAGGUGCAGAGGGUCGCCUCAAGGUGACGGGGCAACUGGGGAACGUGAUGAGUGAAUCGAGUGAGAUCGCUUUGACUUUUUGCCGGGUGUUUGUCCGGCGCAUCGAGCCGCGAAACUCAUUCUUGGAGACUGCGCAGAUCCAUCUGCACGUCCCAGAAGGGGCAACUCCGAAGGACGGCCCAAGUGCAGGCGUAACGAUGGCGACGGCGCUCGUGUCUCUGGCGCUGAACAAGCCGGUGCUCCCCGAUGUGGCGAUGACCGGCGAGUUAACCUUGACGGGAAAAGUUCUGAAGAUUGGAGGAGUCAAGGAAAAGGUCAUCGCCGCGAGACGCGAAAAUGUGAACACUCUUAUCUUUCCCCAAGCGAAUGAACGCGAGUUUUCCGAGCUCCCCGACGACGUCAAGGAAGGACUAAGCGUCCACUUCGCCUCCACCUACGACGAUGUUUACCGAGUGGCCUUCGGCGCUGAGCCGCCCAGCCGAACGUAGAAAAAAGGCGACUUUCGCGGAAGGCUGUGAGACGCACAAAAGCCAAAAGAAUUUAGAGAGAAAACGAGCGUGUCGAAGGCGAGAAGGAGAACGAGAAGGUGGUGGAGAUGCUGGGCAAGAUCUUGUGAUCGGGAAGACGAUAGAGAAGGCGCAGAUGAAGAGGAUAUAAGAGGAGACGUGCAAGAUGAAGGAUUGCAGACAGAGCAAGGAACAGCGACGAGGGAGAACAGCUCAGAAUGAGUAGAGAACGAGGACAGAGUGGGGAGAAACAAGGAGGAAAUAAGACGCAGAGAAGGAAAGAGGGGAAAGAGAAUCUGCGGGGCGAAGCAGGAGCUGCGAAGGGCAAACCCAGAAAACAGGAAGAAGGGGAGGCACUCCCAUGUCACUUUUUCCUCGUUGGCAAUGUUGUACACGUGUUACAGGGACUUUUGUGAUCACUCGUAUCUACUGCAGAAGCGCUUGUAGGGAGAAGCGUCUGAGUAAAAAGUAGACCGGAAAUAAAAAUGAAAUGUGUGGUGAACUGCAAGCAUAAUGGGGAGCGGGGGCGGGUGGAGUGGGAAGUGGCAGGAGAAAGUGGAAAGGCAACUGGGAGAGAGAGGACAAGAUUGAGGGGCAGUCCGCUUUUUUCAAUACGGCUUUAGUAGUCUGUGGUUCUCUGUUCGAAAAAGUAUGUCCGUCAAACAAGAACCAGUCCGCAUGUAGAGAGACUCGACUUUGUCCUCAGUUUGCGUUCGCCUCCUCUUAUAUACAUACGUGUUUGUAUAAACUUUUGUUUCUGCGUGAAC